AGCAGUUGUCGCCACGCACGAUGUUUUGGACCUGAUGUCGUGAUUUGACUCUGCUCCCCAUACGUCAGCAUCCUUGCAAACACCAACAUCUGUAAACAAUGCGCUGACUACGCACAAGCCAGUAGCACUUGCCCAACCAGCAGUAGUCACCGCCUGCGUCCUCAUCUGCGCGCCCACGUACGAGCCGCCGCCUACCCUGUCAGAUUUUGGACAGCGUUACUACGUGAGCUGAUCGAGGAAGCAUAGUUCCGCCAUACCUCCGCAACCAUGUCUCUGUACAAUCCCACUUCCAAGACACGAAGAAGGUCGGGCGUGACACCUGGCGGAUCAGUUCAGACGCCUCAUCGAGCCGGAAUCAGCAACAACAACACGAAUGCCAACCCCUCGGCAGCGGAUUUAUCAGAGGAGCAGAGAUCAGAGAUCAAAGAGGCUUUCGAGCUUUUCGAUACCGAUAAGGAUGGAGCGAUCGACUAUCACGAGCUCAAAGUGGCCAUGAGAGCUUUGGGAUUUGAUCUGAAAAAGGCAGAGGUGCUCAAAAUCCUCAGAGAUCACGACAGAGGAGAGGGGGUCAUUCAGUGGGAAGACUUUUUGCGUGUCAUGUCUGAGCGCAUAGCAAUGCGCGAUCCUAUGGAUGAGAUCAGACGAGCGUUUGCCCUUUUCGACGAUGACGGGUCUGGCAAGAUCAGCUUGAGGAAUCUCAAACGCGUAGCCAAGGAGCUUGGAGAGUCUUUGGAUGAGGAUGAGUUACAAGCGAUGAUCGAUGAGUUCGACCUGGACGGGGAUGGCGAGAUCUCUGAGCAAGAAUUCAUUCAAAUCAUGAUGGACGAUGCCUAAAGGAAGGCGAUCGGUCGCUAUCACAUAUGGGCUGCGAUUGUAAUCUCCGAUGGGUCCUUCAUUUCCUCGCGCUACCCAUAAUGUCACGUCGUAGGUCAAGGGGUCCUAUCUAAGCCUGGAUCCGCUCUGCACUCACCUUGAGAGCUGCUGUGGAUAGAUGCAU